UGCUCGAUCGUUCUUACCCUUUCAAUCGCCUUUCAUGGUGGCUCCUCAAUCCCAGGUCCACACUGAUGUACAUUCAACGUGGCUUCCGCUUUCUGGCUGGCGUUCCGAACAAUAUGUUGUUCUCGUUUGUUGUCUCAUGAUGUCUUCUUCUUACUAGCAUUAUUCUAUUUCUCUCAACAUAGCACAAUUAACCCUACAUUUUUAGGAAACCAUUUCGCUCGCUUGGAACCUUUUACCCUUCUCUUGCACACCAUGAAGAACCCGCUCAGCUUCGCUAUGGGCUCGAAAAAGGCUCACAAUGGACCCACCACUCUGUCGAUCCAGGAAGAUAUUAUUCAACCGUCGCUACGUAUGUCAAUUAGCAGUGGGAGACCUGCAACACCAGAAUCAGACGAGAAGAAUAGCCAAACGCAGAGCUCGGUACACUCAGCAUCAGACCAACCUCCUAAGCAGAGCCGAUUCAUGAUCGUCCGUCGUCGAAUUCGCUCAAUUCUACUUCCGACUCGCCGACGACCUCGACGGUCCCCAGGGUCAGAGCUGUUAGAUCUAUCAUCUUUUCUGACCAACUUGGCUCGUGCGACUGGACUAUACAAUCCAAGUGUAACCUCCGUUGACGAAAUUGUACCGUGGAGCAAGAUGGCGUUCGGAAAAGAAGCCGAGUCUUGCAGUAAAGUAAAGUUCAAAGGAAAAGGAAAAUCUCAUCCCCAAGAGAGGAGUGUUGGUGAACAGCUUGGGCUCUUCAAUUUCGAAGAUCGUCCACAAACACCCAACACCAAGCAGUCGGAACGGCCAGUCUCGACCAGUUCGUCGAAUAUCUCGAUGACUCCAACAAUCGCUAAAAUCCUUGAAUACAACGAGAGGAAUAAACAGCGUGUCGAUAGUGCUGCUGCACCAUCAGAUGCAGAUUCGCCGUCUCUGAUUCAGCGUCUCGCCCCUCUCCUGGAGGAGAGCUCUGUUCCCCCUUCUCAUCGCAGCGCCGUGUCAUCUGAUGGUGGCACAUAUCCUGCACCGGCUGAAACGUCAACAGCAAAACGGACUCUCAAGCAAGAUAAUCUAUCUUUCGCAUCAACAGUGAAGCCAAAUGACUCUGCUAGCCAACGACGAUCUUCUGUCGUUAUCGAUCGACCUUCCACUAUGCUCGACACGUUCCUCGAUUCGUCUGCCCGGGCUUCUUUGAGAUCCAUCGAGAUGGAUACCCCACUCCUCAUCGAUUUUGCAGUUAACAAAGAAAGUCAAAGGCCGACUAAGGCCCAUGUGCAUCAAACUCAUGGCCGAAAACGCCGAGGCUUCAAGAAAUUCAUCGGGAAAUCAGUGGCGUGGCUUGGCUUUCCGACUUUCAGUUCUCGUAGCUCUGCUAUCUCUAUCCCUAUCGAGAGACAUCCCACGCCUGUCGGUGUCCCUACGCCCAAUAUCAAUUCAGGCACGACCCGGUCCAAUCUACGGUCCAAUAGCCUUAUCCACUGGGCAUUCGACAAACACCUGUUUUCGCGGGGAUCGUCAGCGCCGCAGCGCAGCGCGAGCUUGCCUGCUAAAGCUCGCCAUUCUCACCGGUUGUACUAUCGGAAACAGCGAAGCAAAGGCAAUCCUAUGACGAGAGCGAACUCAUUGACAUCUCUUCAUUCAAUCAAAGAGGAACGGUCCGAAGUUAGCCCACCACUUACGUUGAAGGAGGUAAAAAGGAAGUCUCCUUCUAUUCGUUUGCCAUCAUUGCCGGAACUACAGUCACUGACGGCUUCGCCAUUACUGGAAAAUGCCAAAGUUUUCAUGAUGCGAGGACUCAGGUACGAUCGAAGUGACGAGGAGAGGGGCGCACCUGUGCUACAGCAGAUGUUGAAUAGUAUACUGGAUACCAAGCAGCCUGGGAAUGUUCAAAUUGGCGAGUUGCCGUUCGAGUCCAAGACGAAUGAAGGGACAAUGGAAGGAUUUGGUACCUCGUUGGUUUCCAAGCAAUCUUGCAUGGCAGACCAAUUGCACACUCUGCUCAACGAUGUAUUUGAUGGCAUAGGUGGGUUCAUGGAAGCCCACGAGGCAGCAUUGCAUGUCCACAGCGAAAUCAUGAACAUUGAAGGAGAGUGUACUGCGCUGGAGCCUCCUCCUUUGAGCUUUUAUCCUACCGCAGACUGCAUUCGAGACACGGAAACGGCAAUCUUGGACUUCGUGAUAUCAUGCAAGCAAGCGGCCAUCGCAAUGGAAGGGCUUUUCGAUCGGUGGGCGGAAUGUAAGAAGGAGAUGGACCAAGCCAAACAGCGUCGACUAGACAUAGAAGAAGACUCCCGAAUGCAAGCUUUCAUGAGAAGCAAGGAAGAGGAGUGGGAGCGGGAACGGGAGGAGCUCGGUAUACUGAGGUCGAUCGACGUGAACGAAGGACAACCUCCACGUACACCACGACCCGCGGCUCUUCACUCCGAAGAGUCCCCCCCCUCGUCUGUGGAAUCACAUAAUACAUGGAUGGCAUACAACACGACUAUCUAUUCUCGAACUCAUAGCCCAUGUCCGUGCGGACAUGCGAUUAGAUCGAUAGAGGAUGAGCUUGAGCUGCACAGUGACGGGUCUGAAUGUCCGGGAUUGGAUGUUGGCGAAGUUGAGUCAUUGUUGACGGACGAGAGGUCGACGCCGGAGCACACGGAUUUGAAAUAUCAGCUGCCUGAUGAUCAUCAAGAUGAUCAAGAUGAUCAUCAAGAUGAUCAAGAUGAUCAACCUGAUGAGCAUUGGGAGGACGAUUCGGACAGUGAGGUGUUGGUAAGGUUCUAGAAGACCCUAGGACAGAGAUUGGUUUGUGGCUAAACAAUUGCUGCAUUACACGGGUGGUUGGAUGUUAUCUUGUUACGUUGUUUCUGUAUAAGAGUUUCAAAAGGUCGUUGCGGAAUGUCAUACACCAUGUUAAACUUGGUUGGCUUCAAGUGGCAAUUCAUCUGACUGUCGAAUGCGCUAUCACGUGAGUACGUGAAUACCACUAGCCAAUGUCCUCAGAUGUAAUCAGAAUUCGCCCACCAUAAUAAAUCAAUUCAUGACCGAAGAGGUCAAUAGGAAUUUAUUCAGAGCUAUCCAACUCGAGAAGACCCACCUACCACUUACGGAAACACAUGUGGAAACAUCUGUGGAGGCACUUAUCCAUGGAUAGGUAUACGUUGACAGUUUUC